AUGCUUGCUGAAGUGUCUACUGGCACAGAACUAGCACAAGCCAUGUCCCACGUAAGAGAGUAUCACCCCUUAAUUGUGUUUGGUCACAUGCAUAAACAGCUAGCAUAUGGAGAUGGUCUUCAGAAAAUGACUGUGGUUGAUGCUAACAAGACUGUAUACUUGGAUGGGGCCAUAGUUCCUCGAGCUCGAAGAUUAGUUGUUGAACAAGGAACCGACAACACAAACUCUAUGAAUGACGAAACUUCAGUGUUUUCCCCAGAGUCUGGAGGCACAUUGCGAGCAUUCACUUCAUUGGAGGUUCUGGAAGGAAGAGUGGAUAAAAUUGCAGAAACAUGGGUUUCUGUUAUUAGAGAUGAGACCGCUUUGGAAGAGGAGCAUGUAUUGUUUCGACAUGGCAAUUAG